AUGGAGAAAUAACUAGAAGCGGAAAACUAUAAUACUUUUGAUGAAAAUGGAUUAUUGAUACCAAUAGUUGAAUCAAGCAAGGAGGCUCCUGCACCUGCAGUAAUUCCUGCUGCUAAAAUUUACUGGACUUAAACAAUAUUGGGAACUAUGCUUUGGGGAGUAAGCACUUGCACUUAUAAAUUAUUGGACAAGCAAGACUUUGCUGUAAGUUGCCUCUCUUGGACUGGCUUUUUGUUUGUUUAUCUUGUCUACAAACUUUAUGAAGUCAGCUAGCUUUGUGAUGUUAAUAAAAAUACAGUAUUCUAAAUAUUUUUUGGCUAGAUGGCCAAGAAACUAAACAGAUAUCAUCUCGCGUUUAGAUCAAUUAACUUUAUUUUUGUCAUUUGGCUCACAAUUUUAAUGGCAGACUAUUCUUAGAGAGCUGAAAUAAAUUUUGGAAUCAUUUUAAGUUUAAACUGCGUCGCUACAGCAUUUUAAGUGAUCAUAUUUUGGAUAAUGUUUGGAGAAAAGUUAAGCAAAUUGGUAAUUUUGGGUAUAAUAGUGACAUCUGGGGGUACUGCACUUAUUUUAAUAUCUAAAACUGAUAAAACCUAAUCUAGCUUAAAUUAAUACUCCGAAGAAGAAAGAAUGAGUUAUUUGCACCUAGUAAUUUUCCUUGGAAUGCUCUUUGCAUUUACAAAUCUCUUGAGACUGAUUUAAGCCAAAUUUAUUAGUACAAGGCAUUCCUAUUCUCCUAAUUAGUUCACAAUUGAUGCUGCUUUUAUUUGUGGAAUAAUUUAGCUCAUUUUUUCAAUUUAUUACUUUUCAAUAAGUCAUCCUUCAUAUACCUGGAAUAAUAUCGGUGCAAGUUUCGUUGCAUCUAGUCUAACAUAGAUUUCAAUGAUGACGAUGAUAAAUGCAAUUGUAAAAGGAUUAUCAGCACCUACAAUAGCAAUUACCAAUACUGGCCCGGUAUUUUCAACUUUAAUUAUUGCAGUAUUCCAAGGCCUAUUGCCGAAUGUUUAUUAGACUAUUGGUAUGGCUCUAUGUUUUGCAGGAGUGAUGAUGAUGAUACUCUGCAAAUGA